AUGGCCACCCCUAACGGCUACUAUACCACGACCUACCGCCCUUCAGAUAGCAGCCCUUACUAUGAGCCGGAGUUUGAGCAAUACGGUCGACGUAACGACGCGCCCUUACCGCCUCUACCCUCCACUUCCCCCUCCGAUGAUCGCAACUACCAUUACUCACGGCAACCACCGACGCGAUCGUACUCCGGCGCAAGUGGGCACAUACACGAGGUUGCGGAUCCAUAUGCGGACGAGAAUGCGAUACCGAUGAGCGGCAGAAAGCCGAAACACCACUCCGCGACAACCAUAUCACCCAUACUGCCGCAUCAGGUCGAGGAUCCGUUCGUGCGGGAUGUAGAACCGCGCAAGAAGCGGAAACGCCUGAGCAGAGACGGCUGGUUCAAGGGAAGGAUACCGUGGGUCGUGUACGUGCUGUCGGCGGUGGAGCUUAUUGUCUUCAUCGCCGAGUUCGUGAAGAUGGGAGUCCUCACCGGCACACCCAUCGAACUCCACCCCUCCUUCAAUCCCAUGAUCGGACCUUCGCCUUACGUGCUGAUCAACAUGGGUGCCCGGUACCAACCGUGCAUGCAUAACAUGGCCAACGUGCAGAAUGCAACAAUGUCGAUAUCAUGGCCUUGCCCAAACGCCACAUCAGCUACCGGCGACAGUGUCUCUUGCACCCUCUCCGAACUUUGCGGUUUCAGCGGCGUACCGAAUCCGCACGUUGGGGGCAGUAUCAACGACAAACCUGCUCCGAAUCAAUGGUGGCGCUUCAUCGUGCCCAUAUUUCUGCACGCCGGCAUCAUCCACAUUGCCUUCAAUCUGCUCCUCCAGCUCACGCUCGGCGCAGACGUCGAGAAACUCAUCGGUAGCAUCCGCUUCACCAUCGUCUACUUCGCAGCCGGCAUCUUCGGCUUCGUGCUAGGCGGCAACUUCGCCGCGAACGGUAUCGCAUCCUGCGGCUGCUCCGGCUCGCUCUUCGGUAUCCUCGCCAUCACCCUCCUCGAUCUUCUCUAUACCUGGCACCAGCGCGAAGGCCCGAUCAAAGACCUCCUCUUCAUCCUCAUCGACGUCAUCAUCGCCUUCGUGCUCGGUCUACUGCCGGGCCUCGAUAACUUCUCCCACAUUGGCGGCUUCCUCAUGGGUCUGGUGCUCGGUGUCUGCAUUCUCCGUUCGCCCACAACCUUCUCUCGGCGCACAUCGCAGGACGUCGGCCGCUACUCUGGCCUUUCAAACGCUCGGCAAAGCACGUCCGGCCGCGAAGAUGGCUUACAAAGCUUCUUCCGCAACCCGAUUGCAUUCUUCCAAAACCGCCGUGGCAUCUGGUGGGUGUGGUGGUUGGUGCGUGCGGCAGCACUCGUGGGCUGCUUGAUCGGCUUCGUGCUACUGCUGAAGAACUUCUACCAGUGGCGGACGGGCUGUACGUGGUGCAAGUACCUGUCGUGCUUGCCUGUCACGGUUGGUGGUGAAAACUGGUGUAACGUUGGCAAUUUGGACUUCACCCCGGUCCAGUCACCAGCGAGAAGAGAUCUCCUUGAGAACUUAGCGAGCGAGGCUUUCCGGCCAGCUGAGCGCUUGUGGUAG